GUACAGACCGGAAAUAAAGCUGCCCCUAGUUGCCGAUUUGCUUCGCUUGGUUUGAAACUGAUCUGUCUCCUUAGCACUGGGAGCUGGGGACCCUUCCUCCCUCCCCACCUUUCCCCUCACAGGUGGCUGCUGCUGGCUGAGGAGGUCUCCAUUAAAGAGGAAUAGCAGUGUUCACACAUCUGGGCAGAGGCUGAGGCACUGGUCCCCUACCUUGCACCUGGUUUCAGGUGUCCACAAAAUAUGGGGAGCCACCCUUCCCUGCUGCUGCUCUAUAUGGGAUUGGCUGCCUGCCUGGAUACCUCAUCCAGUGAAAAACAAGACCAAGGCCCAGAAGUCUUCCUUGGCCAUCCGGUGGCCCACAGGUUCCUGGGGGGCCUCAGGCGGGUUCCACGAGCCAAUAACUGGGACCUGGAGCUGUUUACCCCGGGGAACCUGGAGCGGGAGUGCUACGAAGAGCGGUGUUCCUGGGAGGAGGCCAGGGAGUGCUUUGAGGACAACACCUUGACGAAGCACUUUUGGGAGACCUACCCCUACAAUGGCAAAGGAGGGCAUAGACAAGUGGACGGAGCAGGCCUGGCUGUGGGGCUGACAUCUGGCAUCCUGCUCAUCGUGUUGGUCGGCCUGGGAGCCUUCUGGUAUCUGCAUUAUCGACAACGGCACCAGAACCCAAGGCUGCACCUGAGUCCCCAAGAGAGCAGCCUCAUCAGCCCUCUGAGCCCUCCGACGCCCCUGCCUCCACCAGGACCCCCAGGCCUCCCGACCUACGAGCAGGCGCUGGCAGCUUCAGGGGUGCACGACGCACCUCCACCCCCUUACUCAAGCCUCAGGAGGCCUCAGUGAAGAGCUGCUGCGGAGCCGGGCUCCCCGAACCGUGCCCCCGAUACACAACGGAUUCCGGAAGCCCCCAGGCCUCUUAAAGUCCCGAGCUGAGCUGGAGGUGGGAGGCGAUCUGGGGUCGUCUCUCCCGAGGCCUACCCUGGCACACGUGUUUCCGCCGCUUACAGAUACACGCACUAACGUGUUGCAGAGCCCGGGUGCCUUCUAGCGCGCCCCCACGCUGUCCCACGUGGGGGGGCCACCGGCCAGUCCGGUCCUCAGGAUGGGCAUGCGCCAGGCCGGGUGUGCAACCUGCGUGCGGCCAGAUGUGACUCGACCAUUGCCCUUUGGUGCCACGGGGCACGUACACGCGGAAAGCCCCUCCCGUGCACACGCGUGUCUUCCUCUAGCCCCUGUGUGCGAAAAGGGGCGCUUCAUAACCCGGGAAAUGGGUGGGGGGCUUAUUUGAAAGGGUGCUGGAGGAGGCAGGCUUAUGUUGCACCCGGGGAACGGUAGUUGAGCUGUUCCCCUCGAUAAAGACUCUUUGGAAAAAGGACCCCCCCACAUCCGAAAAAGGCUGAAACAGUGCAAAAAUAAAUAAAAAUUAAUGAACUGAACCUCG